AUGGCUGGUUUAAAGGACGUUGUUACUCGUGAAUACACCAUUAACAUGCACAAAAGAUUGCAUGGUGUUUCUUUCAAGAAGAGAGCUCCAAGAGCCGUCAAGGAAAUCAAGAAGUUUGCUAAAUUACACAUGGGUACUGACGAUGUCCGUCUUUCUCCAGAAUUGAACCAAGAAAUCUGGAAGAGAGGUAUCAAGGGUGUUCCAUUAAGAUUAAGAUUGAGAAUCUCUAGAAAGAGAAACGAAGAAGAAGAUGCCAAGAACCCAUUAUUCUCUUACGUUGAACCUGUCUUCGUUGCCAACGUCAAAGGUUUAAACACCGUCGUCAUUGAAGAUGAAGCUUAA